AUGGCUUCUUCAUCAGGUGGCAACACCCAAAACAAAAACAUGGAAAUCCCAAAGUACAAAUCCUUUUCGCCGGCUCCUGUUUCUCCUUCAUCGUACCUUUCGAUUCCUCCUCCCACCUUGAGCCCUUAUCUUCUCCUCGAUUCUCCCGUUCUUUUUUCCUCGUCUGAUGUUUUUCCAUCACUAACGACGUGUACAUUUGUCGAGCUGUCGGAUGAGGAGGAGAGGAAGAAGUUUUCCGAUUUCUCCUUUCAAUCAUCCCAAACACGGCCUAAUUCCAACUCCUCGUCCUCCAUGUUCCCGUCUUUAAUGGUGUAUAAUAAUAUUAAUAAUAAUAAUAAUAGUAAUAAUAAUAAUAAUAGUAAUAAUAAUAAUUACAAUAACAGUAAUAAUAAUAAUAAGUAUAAUAACAAUUCAGCCCCAUCACACUACAUCAAAGAGCAGAGAAAAACAGAUGACGGCUACAACUGGAGAAAAUACGGACAGAAGCAAGUCAAAGGGAGCGAAAAUCCACGUAGCUAUUACAAAUGCACUUUCCCAAACUGCCCCACAAAGAAAAAAGUCGAACGCAACUUGGAUGGGCACAUAACCGAGAUUGUGUACAAAGGGAGCCACAAUCAUCCCAAGCCCCAAUCGAGCCGGAGGUCAUCUUCCAGUACUUCUUAUCAGAACAAUCCAAACUACAAUGAUUCGAACCCACUGGUGGAAAACGGGCAACAGGCAGACUCUGUCACCACACCGGAUAAUUCCUCAACAUCAUUUGGGGACGAUGAUUUCGAACAGGGCUCAUCAAUGAGCAACUCAAGGCACGAUCACGAGAACGAACCCAAGGUCAAGAGAUGGAAAGGGGAAAAUAUCGAGAAUGAAGGGUUAUUGGCUUCCGGAAGUAGGACUGUCCGGGAGCCCAGAAUCGUGGUUCAGACAACAAGCGACAUAGACAUUCUCGAUGAUGGCUACAGGUGGAGGAAGUAUGGACAGAAAGUGGUCAAGGGCAACCCAAAUCCUAGGAGCUACUACAAGUGUACAUUCAACGGCUGUCAGGUCAGAAAGCAUGUGGAGCGAUCAUCCCACGACUUAAGAGCAGUUAUCACAACAUACGAAGGGAAACACGAUCAUGAUGUGCCUGCCGCUAGAGGAAGUGGAGGUUACAACAUGAACAGAACACCGUUUCAAAAUGCCCCUCCUUCAACGGCUAUAAGACCUUCCGUUAUAAGUGGCCCUUCAAACGGGAUGAACUUUCCCAACCCCAACAACAGGCUACAAAGUAUGCAAAACCAAACACCUUAUACACUUCAGGUGCUGCAGGAUGUGAAUAAUUUUGCAUUUUCGGCUUAUGGGAACUCCUUCAAUCAGAUGCACCAGCAGGAAGAGAAUAAUAUGUCUGCCAUGGCCAAGGAAGAACCUAAAGAUGACUCCUUUUUCGACUCUUUCCUAAAUUGA